AUGGCUAAGAUAACUCGUGUCGUUGCUGCAGUAAAUUUGAUAUUAGCGAUAGCCUACGUCGUCAUAGCAAUAGCAUGGGGCCAAUUAUUAUAUCCGAUAAAUCCUUCUUCUCAAUCAGCGGAACCACUUGCUGAAAUUGCCAUCUUAAUAGCAACGUUGGGAGCAUUAGCAAUGACAGGACUUUGGCAAGGAGAUCACCAAAACUCUUCCGGUCAGAUUGCAGCAAUUAUAGUCAUGUCUAUCAUAUCGAUCUUCCUGGCCAUUGUCAAUCUCGCUAAAAGUACCCCAUACAUGCUGAUUAUUCAAGGCCAGUUUGGUUCUGCAGGAUUAAUAACUUAUGCAUUCUUCGUUCUGCUCUCAGCUAUUACGAUGUAUUGUGAAGGUUGGAUGAUCGAUCUCUUAUAUCAUGAAAUCGCUAAUACAACUUACACCAAUUCUCCCACAGCUUAUGAUGACAACAACUGGAAAUAUGACAUACAUAGGACUAAAAUCAAUAGUAAAUGGAUAAAGAUUAAUUUUAUUAUAUCAUUAUCUAUCUUUGGAAUUGGAGUUUUAUGCCUCUUUAUUAAUACAAUGGAGCUAUCCAGAUCAACCAUAUUUUCUGGUGCUAUGGUAUGUGCUCUCACCUGUCACGCAUUAUACUGUGACUUUUGA